AUGGAGGCAGAGAACGAUGAGGCCACUAAGGGACAUGACAAUACGUUUAGCUUACAUAGUAUUUUAUUCAUCGUCCAAGUCUCAGCCGGCCUAGCCUUCGCCGGUUACUGCGGUUACCCGGCGAUUGUAAAUGUACUUGAAGGAUUCAUACUUUGGUUCGAUUGGUUCCGUUUGGUUCUAAGAAACCUUUUCUUCAUUUUCAUCAUCCUUAACGCUCUCAUCGGCUCCAUAUACUUUACUUUCCUCAAAGCCACCGAGAAAAAGAAACCGAGUCUCCGUGAUGAAUAUAUCACCGCCGUACCAUCCGACGUCCGUUCUUCGCCGGAGCAGUCUUUUUCCCCGAUGGAGGUUGGACAUUAUAAUAACUCUUGUUACCAGGAGAGUGUGCAGCCGUUUCAAGCGGUUAAUACGGUUGAGGAGAGUAGCCGUUAUGAACGUGUGGUGAUGGAGACGAACUCCAAGAGUUACAAGAGGAUGAUAAGCUCGGAGAAGAAGAUGAAGAAGACGAGGUCGUCGACGGUGGAGUGUCAUCAAAGGAUGGAAUCGGAGAGAGUGAUGAAAACGGCGUCGUGCAGGUCGUCGCGGGACAUGAUGGAUGAGUUGAGCAGCGAGGAGUUUCGUAUGAAGAUUGAGACUUUUAUCAUGGAGACGAAGAUGAUGUAUCACUGGCAAAACGGCGUCGUUGAUCACCGGCAAAACGGUGGCCCUCAGCUGCAAUACGGCGACGCUGACCAGUGUCAACACGGUGUUCCUCAGUUGCAAAACGGCGUCCCUUAUCACUGGAAAUACGGUUUCCCUCAGUUUCAAAACGGCGGCGUUCACCAGUGGCAAAACGGUUUCCCUCAGUUGCAAAACGGAGGCGUUCACCAUUGGCAAAACGGUUAUCCUCAGUUGCAAGGGCAGCCUGAUUACGAUGGGACUGGUCGUAGGCUCGUGGGUGGUCCUGGCUGUACUAGUAGUCAUGGUCCGCACUUGGCUAUUUUGGAUUAG